CACAUUUGUAUUGUUUAAGGAGAGAGAGCCGGUGCUAGCAAAAAAAAUAAAUAUCUCUAGUAUUCCCCAUUUUGAUAAUUACACAAAUAUAUACAUUAUUUGAAUUUCAAUUUGAAUUUGAAUCAUGUUUCGUUCGUAUGUGCGUGAAGCAGUUCGCUCCAGUCGCUCCUUUGCCCGCGUCUACUCGAAAGAUGUCCGCUUUGGGGCUGAGGCGCGUGCCAAGAUGAUCCGAGGCGUGGAUGUGCUCUCCGAUGCAGUUGCUGUGACGAUGGGACCCAAGGGACGCAGCGUUAUCUUAGAGCGUCCCUGGACAUCGCCUAAGAUCACUAAAGAUGGCGUUUCGGUGGCCAGAGCGAUUUCCCUGAAGGAUCAGCACAUGCAGCUGGGCGCACGCCUCGUUCAGGAUGUGGCGGACAACACGAAUAAAACGGCUGGAGAUGGCACCACAACAGCCACUGUGCUGGCCAGAUCCAUUGCCAAGGAGGGCUUCAAUAACAUCACACGCGGCACAAAUCCCGUCGAGAUGCGCCGCGGCGUCAUGCUGGCCGUGGAGCAAGUGAAGCAAUCGCUCAAGAAGAUGUCGCGUCCGGUGCAGACGCGUGAGGAGAUCGAACAGGUGGCCACCAUCUCGGCGAAUGGCGAUGCGCAGAUCGGACGCUUGAUUGGCGAGGCCACCGAUCGUGUGGGACCUCGAGGCACCAUCACCGUGAAGGAGGGCAAGCGGCUGAAGGAUGAGCUGGAGAUACUCCAGGGACUGCAGUUCGACAAGGGCUACAUUUCGCCGUUCUUCAUCAACCAGUCGAAGGGAGCCAAGGUAGAGUUCGCCAAUGCCUUCGUCCUCAUCACGCUGAAGAAGAUUAAAUCCCUCAAGCAGAUCGUCAGCUCGCUGGAGAUCUCAUUGCGCCAGCGUCGUCCGCUGCUCAUCAUUGCCGACGACAUCGAUGGCGAGGCUCUGAAUGCUCUGGUCCUCAAUCGCCUCAAGAUGGGACUUCAAGUGUGCGCGGUGAAGGCGCCCGCCUUUGGUGAGUAUCGCAAGCAGCUGGUGGGUGACAUUGCGGUGGCUACCGGAGCCACAGUAUUCGGCGAUGACAUCGACUAUGCCAAAAUCGAGGAGGCCAAGGAGAAGGACUUUGGCGAGGUGGGAGAGGCGAGCAUCACUAAGGAUCACACCAUGCUGCUGCAGGGCAAAUCCUCACCCGAGGCGCUGCAGCGACGCAUCCAGGAGUUGCAGGAUGAACUGGACGAUCCCAACACGAAGCCAGAGGCAAAGGAUCGUCUGCGUCAACGCAUCUCCACGCUCACAAAUGGCGUCGCUGUCAUACACAUUGGGGGGACUAGCGAUGUGGAAGUCGUGGAGAAAAAGGAUCGCGUCAACGAUGCGUUGAAUGCCACACGAGCUGCAAUUGAGGAAGGAAUUGUGCCUGGAGGUGGCACCGCUUUGCUGCGCUGCAUUCCACAGCUGGAUGAACUGGAACCCGACAACGAGGAUCUGGAACAGGGCAUCGAUAUAGUGCGCAAUGCUCUGCGGAUUCCUUGCAUGACCAUUGCCAAAAAUGCGGGUGUGGAUGGAGCGAUGGUGGUGGCCAAAGUGCUGAAUGGCAGCGAUGACUUUGGCUACGAUGCGAUGCGCGACGAGUUCGGAAUGCUGAUUGACAAGGGCAUCAUUGAUCCCACCAAGGUGGUGCGCACAGCGAUUCAGGAUGCGGCGGGAGUUGCCUCGCUGCUUAGCACUACCGAGGUGGUCAUCACCGAAAAGCGGGAGAAAGAUGUGCUGUCUGCUCUGGCUGAUGGAGGAGGAGCUGACGCCCUAGAGGAAGCUCUUGGCGGCAUGGACUUGGGCGGCAUGGGAGGCAUGGAAGCACUAGCUGCUCUAGGAGGCAUGGGCGGAAUGGAAGGCAUGGGUGGAAUGGAAGGCAUGGCAGGAAUGGGAGGCGGUGGUUCUGCUGCCGAUAUGAACGAGGCGGUCAAAAGCAUUCCCGGCAUGGAGGAUGUGGAGGUGCACGACAUUGACAGCAGUCAAUUUUGAGUACGUGUCUCUCGCUCUCCUCUCUCUCUUUUUGUCUGUUCUUUAACGCGUUGUCUUGUGUUUGUAUUUUGCUGUGCGCCAAAUUCCUUUUGUGUGUUUUAAAUGUCCGAAUAAAGAAAAAUUGUUAAAGUG